AACCAUUACACAUAGUGAUUAUGAGCUCAGUGUUGACCCAAGGAGAAAAAAAUUAUGGGAAGAGACUGGAACAGCUGGAAUGGGGUGGGGGUGGGUAGGAUUGUUACUUUUCCUUCUGUCUAUGGAGUUUUACAAAGUUUAUAACUAAAAUCUUCUUUCUAGCUCUUAGCUGGUGUUUUGAAUGGGCUGGGCUGUAACCUUUAGACUGAGAUGUCAUAAAUCUUAAAAGAUUUACCAUAAAAUCACCCUUCAGCUCAAGGGUUGCUGCUGAUUAAUGAGGUGUUGCUGUUUUCAUGCCUUAUCACUAGUGCACACAAACUGACCUUAACCAAUGGAGCCCCUGUAUCCCGGCUGGUCCCAGGCAGGUGGCUAGAUAUUCAGCAAGACACAGCCAAGCAAAGGCUCCUCUGCCCACACAUUGUCACUAUCAUGACUAUAGGGGGAAGGGUAGCAACCUUUAUGUAUCCUUGGCAACUGUACUGGAUUGCCUUACCUGUUAAGCUGUUCAAAUAACCUAGUUGGCACCUGACCAGAAGGCCCAAUGAGAAAAUAAGAUACUUUCAAAUCUAGUGGGGAAGGAUUUUGUUGUUGUCCUGUGGGUUGUUCCCUCUCCGGACAGAGGAAGAAGCCAAGCAGGUACAACAUCUCCUGAAAAUAUACCUGGAAUAAUCCAUCUAAAACCACAGAAACUGUGAGUAGGGCAAGGAAAUCCAUUAGGUUGUCUUUUGUUUUGGCUUGUGAAUUUUCCUAUGCUACAGGGGUAGUUUCAUUCCUUUUUUUGUAACCGUGAAGCUGAGCCCAGAGGGGAAUCCUCUGUGUUUUAAAUCUUUUUAUUACCCUGUAAAGUUACCUUCCAUCCUGGUUUUGCAGAUGUGAUUCUUUUACUUUUUUCUUUAUAAAUAAAGUUCUUCUUUUAAUAACCGGAUUGAUUUCAGUGUCCUGAAGACAAAGGGUCUGGUCUGUGCUUACAUUGCUAAGGCAACUGGUUGAUAGUUUAUUCUCAAGCCUCCCCAGGAAAUGGGGUGAAGGGGCUUGGGGGAAUAUUUUAGGGGGAUAAGGAUUCCCAGUAACCCUUCCCUGAAUAUUUUGUGUAAAUCACUUGGUGGUGGCAGCAAUAUCAGACUAAGGAAUUAGUGCUUUAGAGAAGGUUUAACCUAAGCUGGUAAAAUAUAAGCUUAGGAGAUCUUUCAUUCGGGUUCCCACAUCUGUGCCCCAGAGUUCAGAGUGAGGGGGGGAACCCUGACUGUCACUGAAAUAACUCAAUGGUGUUUCGUUCCCACUUGCUGUUGUUUCAAUGCAAGUCUGUGUUUGGCUGUGGAUGCCCUCGUUGUGAAUUAAGAAUUCCUAGUUUGAUAGAGGACAAGCACCUGGGAGGUGGGAUACACAGUUUGUGUAGAUGUACAUGUUUUGAUUCUGCUGGAGCGAGCACACUACCAAUAGCAAUCUGGCUGCAGCAGCAAGAUGGCGGCUUGUGCUAGCCGCUGGAAUACAAUCCAGCCCGAUCCCCUGGACUUGUAUUGUGUAGACAGACCCUGAGUUUAAGCUUUUGUGUUCUUGUUUGGUUGUGUCCUUUCCCCCUUUUCAUUUCACUCCCUUUCUGCUUCUUUACACCCCACUGCUCCCAUUCCUUGCCUAUAGAGUUCCUGCUUCCUUCUUUCCUUAUCUUUCUCCUGCUCCUCCUUCUGACCUCUCCUUUAUCUUCACUUCAUUUUGCACCUGAUAUGAGGUGGAACAAGCACCUCCCAUUAUCAGCAAAACCAUUUCUGAUGCAGAGAGAACAGAAGACCAGAGAUCCCAGCAGCCAUGGCCUCAGGGACUCCUGUACAGGAAAUCCAAGAGGAAACCAAAUGUCCAAUCUGCCUGGAAUAUCUGACAGACCCAGUGUCCAUACACUGUGGGCACAAUUUCUGCCGAGUCUGCAUUACUCAGUACUGUGGUACAUGGACAAAGGGGGACUAUGACCCUGUGUGCUGCCCCAACUGCAGAGCCCGAAUCCAGGAAGUGAGUCUCCGGAAUAACUAUCAGCUAGCAAAUAUAGUGGAAAAAAUCAAACAACUAGAUUUAAAACCAGGAAAAGAGAAUUUGUGUGAGAGUCACGACAAAUCCCUGGAUCUGUUUUGUGAAGAGGACUUGGAAGCCGUGUGUGUGGUUUGUGAGAGAUCCCCCAAGCACAGAUCUCACACGGUGCUUCUCAUGGAGGAGGCUGCCCCGAAAUAUAAGGAAAAAUGUCAGGUGCAUUGGAAGACUCUGAGGAAAGAAAGAGAAAAGUUGCUUGGAUUUAAAGUGACUGGAGAGGAGAAAAGCCAGGAGUAUCUGAAACAGAUACAAAAGGAGAGGCAGAAGAUCGUUUCUGAAUUUCAGCAACUGCUGCAGUUCCUGGAGGAACAAGAGCAACUCCUGCUGGCCCAGCUGGAAAAGCUAGACAAGGAGAUUGUGAAGAUACAGAAUGAAAAUAUCACCAAACUCUCUGAGGAGAUUUCCCGUCUCAGUGAGCUGAUCAGUGAGAUGGAGAGGAAGUGUCAGAAACCAGCAACUGAAUUCCUGCAGGAUGUCAGAAACACUUUGAGCAGGUGUGAGAAGGGGAAGUUCCAGCAGCCAUUGGAGAUUUCUCCUGAACUGGAAAAGAGACUCAGUGACUUCUUCCAGAAAACUAUUGCUCUAAUGAAGACUCUGAGGAAAUUCAAAGCUACUCUGCCAUCUAUACUGGAGACAAAAAGAGGAGAAUCCCUGGGAUCACUCAGACUGGUGAAUGUGACUCUGGAUCCAGACACGGCUCAUCCCCAACUCGUCCUGUCUGAGGAUCGGAAAAGUGUGAGAUGGGAAGACACAGCACAGGAUCUGCCCCACAAUCCUGAGAGAUUUGACACUAACCUCUGUGUGCUGGGCUCUGAGGGUUUCACCUCAGGGAAACAUUACUGGGAGGUUUCAGUGGGGGAUGGGCUCUACUGGGCUGUGGGGGUGGUCAAAGAGUCUGUGAGCAGGAAAGGGCGAAUCAGCUGUAACCCUGAGAAAGGGAUCUGGGCUGUGGAGUGCUGCUGGGGUCACUGCCAGGCUCUCACCUCCCCUGAGACCCCCCUGCCUCUCGAUCAGGUCCCCAGCAGGCUUGGAGUAUACCUAGACUGUGGACGGAGGCAGGUGACAUUUUUCGAUGCUAGUGACGGGGCCCCAAUCUUCGCUUUCCCACCGGCCUCUGUCACUGGGGGGAGAAUCCGCCCCUGGUUCUGGGUGGGGUGGCCGGGAUCUCAGCUCAGACUUUGGCCCUGAGACACAUGGCAAAGGGGAACAUCCUACUGGGGACCCUGAAACCAGCCUCUCUAGCUUCAUGCAGUGUAGCCUCUACUGUCUUGAGGCAGGGGUCUCUGAUCUGUCAAACCAUAGAGAGCAAGGAGUGAUGGAGGCAGAGAAGCCAACUUCAUUGCCCCAAGGAUUUUGCAGCCUGUUUGUCACUGUUCUCCUGUGAUCCAGGAUGACUCUGUAGAUCUGGGCUCAGAUAGUGUCAUUGAAAAUGGGGAUGGGGAGGUGGAGGGAUAAGAAUGAAAACAAAAUGGGCUUCUCUAGCUACUGUCAUCCAAGUCUCUGUGACCCUCGAGGACUUCCAUCUACCCAGUCCCUGGCUCUUCAUCUCUAUGACCCAUGGAAGCUCCUCCUCCCUCCCUCUAUGUAGCACCAAGGAUGGGAGGUGGAGGGGCUGAAGAACCUGUGGGGCUGCAGGAGCAGAGGAGCCCCAAGGGACAGAUGUGAGGGCUGGACACGGAGCAGAAUUAACAGCUGGGCUGGGGACAGGCAGAUGUGGGGGUGGUAGGGAUCCAGAAUUAAUUAAUCAGGGUUUGGGGAGUUGGGGAGAAGCUGGAUGCUCCGCAGCAGCAGGGAGGGUUUUGUACUGAUCAGUGAUGUUUUAUAAAUCUUCAUCCCUUUUGUGUUCCCUUUCCUUUCAUAUUGUUCAUUUUUUACUCACCAUUGUCUAGCACUCAUUUCCCAAACCUGUUGAUUUCUGUGUGUCUCUUCCACUCUCCUCUGGUCUCUGUCACAGAUCAUUCCCCAUAUUGUUCUCCAUUCUUUCCCCUGAAUUUGUCCCUUCCCCUCUCAUGGCCUCUGGCUGUUUCGCCUUUCACCCUUUCUCCAGGACACACUGUUCAUUUUGUUUUACUUUAUCUUUUCCUUUUGUUUAUUCUAUUCUUUCUGGUUCAGUCCCUCCUCCUCCCCCCCCCGGCUAGGUGAGUCUGUAACUCAUUAAUUUCAUAUGUUACUUCCUUGAUUUUGUUGCCAUUUUAGUAUUAUUAAAAAAAUGAUUCCAAAAUCUGAGGGUCUCUUUUUCAUUAUUGUGCGUAUUGAAGCUGC